AUUUUGAACGCACCUUCAGUCUAGAAAAAUCGCUGAUUGGAACUGUCUACUCGGAACGAAAAUAAAUAAUUUCUAAGAGAAAUAGGAGAAUUAUCACUUGAAUUUAGAAAUAUGUCUGAGGCUAAAGACAUGGAAAAAACAGAGCCAGUGAAGCUCAAAAUAAAACAUGACUGGUACCAGACGGAGUCGCAGGUGGUGAUCACCAUCUUACUCAAGAAUGCUCCCAGUGAUAAGGUCAAAGUACAGUAUGGCGAGAGAAGUCUCUCAGUGUCGAGUGUAAUACCAAACUCUGACUCAGAGUACAGUUUGGAAUUAGAACUGGCUCAUGAAGUAGUUCCAUCCAUGAGUGUCCACGCCGUCACGCCGUCCAAGAUCGAAGUGAAGCUGCGGAAAAAGGAGGGUGUGAGGUGGACCCAGUUGGAGGGGGAGGGCACGGAAACAAAGGUCAAGGCUAUACCGCAGGCGGUCAUUGACGCGUCUGGACCACAGCAGCCGCCUAAACUAUUCAAAAAAGAUUGGGAUAAAAUAGAAAAGGAUUUGAAGAAAAUGGAGGAAGAAGAGAAGCCGGAAGGCGACGCGGCGCUCAACGCACUCUUCCAGAAAAUCUACGGCGAGGGGUCCGACGAGGUGCGGCGAGCUAUGAACAAGAGCUUUGUGGAGUCUGGUGGUACCGUCCUUAGCACGAAUUGGAACCAAGUGGCGAAAGAAAAGGUCGAAGUAAAACCACCUGAUGGCUUGGAAUUUAAGAAGUGGGACGAAUAAAUGUAUACAAUUUAGUUGAUAAUAUGUUAUGUUAUAUAAACUUAUGAAAUAUGUAUGUAUAACGUACUAUACAGGGUGAUUGAGAAAGGUGGGACAUUUAAUUCCUUGGGGAAGAACAAAAGUUGGCUAUCAAAAGUUUCAAAGAAAUAAUAUCAGCUAUAUAUACAGUGGGAUGACCACAGACUGCCUCUAGAAUUUUAAUCUGCUUUGGAAAAGCAACAAAACUAUAUAUAGUAUUGCGUACCUGCCUUACCCUGUGUAGGAUUAAAUUAUGUUCUAUGUUUUCUACAACACACUGUAUAAUGUGUCGGAAAUAAAGACUGUGGCAAUAUUGA